GUGUCCUGCAGGCGGCAGGAAGUUUCAGCUUCAGUGCAGUUUCUCUUUCAGCUCUUGUGCUUUUUUCCUCUGCACUGCCAUAAACAUCAUGGAUUUUAACUCUUACUGUCGACGCUCUCCAUUUGAUCGGGAUGAACAGUUUAUCAGCUGGCAUUUAACCACAUCUGGACUCUGACUCAACAUUGUAAUCCUCCGUCCUGCUUAAACAAAACCUCGAUGGCAAACGUGAAAGUCGCGAUCCGAGUCCGUCCUCUAAACUCAAGGGAAAGUGUGGAUGCGGGGAGAAUAGCUGUACAGGUCGAGGACAAGGUGGUGAGAGUGAGAAAUGUGAAGCUGGAUGGGCGUACGGAUGGACGACCCGAGGCUCCAGGUGACUCCAGAGAGAGGCUGUUAGAGUUUGCCUUUGAUUACUGCUACUGGUCCGUGAACCCAGAGGCAUCCAACUAUGCAUCACAGGAGGAGGUGUUCCAGGAUCUGGGUAUGUGUGUGUUGGCUGGAGCAGCUGAAGGCUACAACGUCUGCCUGUUUGCGUAUGGACAGACGGGCUCAGGGAAAACCUACACCAUGAUGGGCAAUCCAGAUUCUCUUGGAUUGACACCAAGGAUUUGUCAAGGGCUGUUUCGAUCUGGUAUAGACUCUCCUGAUGGACAGACCUGCAGGGUUGAAGUUAGUUUCUUAGAGAUCUACAACGAGCGAGUACGUGAUCUGCUGAGAGGGGCAGACCAGAAAAAGCCAGUGGCCCUGCGUGUGAGGGAGCACCCAGAAAAAGGACCGUAUGUGCAGGGUCUUACUCAGCAUGUGGUAGAGGACUACAAGCAGGCAGCAGAUCUGCUGGAAGUGGGCAUCGCUAACCGCAUCACAGCAGCCACACAUGUUCAUGAUGCUAGCAGCCGAUCACAUGCCAUUUUCAGCAUCCAGUACACACAGGCAAUACUAGAGAAUAAUCUUCCAUCUGAAAUAGUGAGCAAGAUCAACCUAGUGGACCUGGCUGGCAGUGAAAGAGCAGACCCUAAUUACUGCCGAGACCGGAUUACCGAAGGAGCCAACAUCAACAAGUCUCUAGUUACUCUGGGAAUCGUCAUAUCUGCCCUCGCUCAGAACUCUCAGAUGUGCAGCAGCAGUCAGAGCAUUAACAGCAUGUUGAGUGAAGGUGAGGUCAGCACGGUCGGCAGUCAGUCCAGCUCCAUGUCCAGCAGCAGCCGCAGACACUGCUACAUCCCCUACAGAGAUUCCGUCCUCACCUGGCUUCUCAAAGAUAGCCUGGGUGGCAACUCCAAGACCAUAAUGAUUGCAACAAUCUCACCAUCUUGCAGCAGCUACAAUGAGACUCUCAGCACUCUCCGCUAUGCGGCUCACGCCAAGAACAUUGUCAACAAGCCAAGAGUCAACGAGGAUGCCAGUGUGAGGCUGAUCAGGGAACUUCGUGAAGAGAUCGAUCGACUGAAGAGCAUGCUGCUGAGCUACUCUAUGCAGAGAAACCCCAGCCCAUCUCUGAGUGAUGAGAGAGACAGCAGCCUUUCAGACAUAGUCCUGCAGAAUGAACUCAAGGUAGAACAGCUUACUAAAGACUGGUCUGAGAGUUGGCGGGAUAAGCGAGCUCUUCUGGAGCAGUACAGUGUAGACAUUAACCAGGACAAAGCAGGAGUUCAGAUCCAUUCUCUCCGACCGCACCUCAUCUCGCUGGAGCCGGACGUCCUAAGCACAGGAGUCACAAUAUACCACCUUCGGGAAGGAAUCACUAGAAUUGGACCUCAGGAUCCAAAUGAGGAAGAACCCCAUAUUGUCAUGCCAGAGGGUUCUGUUUGUGAAAUUGAGAAUCAGAAUGGAGUUGUAAUCCUCAAACCCCAAGCACACACUGCCUGCAUGGUCAACAACAGAGAGGUCACUGAACCCUGUCGACUUGCACAAGGUACAGUGAUAACUUUAGCAGGACGUCACAAGUUCCGCUUUAACCACCCUGCAGAGGCAGCAGCCCUGAGGGAGAGGAGACGUAUCAUUGAAGGCGGUUCACUUUUCAGCUCAUCUGAGCUUAACACUCUGACGCCAAUCUCAAGGCCAGAGGAAGUAGGCAGUCAGGAAGCCAGUGACAGGUUAGCUCCCUGGCAGAGGCUGGAGGAGCAUCAGCACUACGUGGAAUGUCUGCGUGAGGAGAUCCUGGUGGAACAGAGAAGAGCUGAGAAAGAUUUGGAGAGAGAGCAGGCCCAUCUUCGAAAGCAACGCUCUGAGAUCCAGCAGUGGAUAUUGCAGGAAAAGCAGCGUCUUGCUGCCAUCAGGGAGAAGGGAACACUUGACUCAGGGGUCCAGACGGAUAUCAUUCCACUGCCUGUGCUGGCUGACGUUAAUGAGAAUGAGAGCAGCAGGGAAACAGUUCGUCCAUCACUAAUUGUGGGUGAUAGGAAACGGGUGGUGCAAGAAGAGCUCCUUAAGCACCAUGCGCUCAGAAGAAAUGAGAAUCGCAUUCGCCGCAAAAGACUGCGCUACCAGCUGGAAAGAAUCGCUCGCAAGCGACACCUGCUAGAAGCAAAGCAAGAGCUUCAAAGACUGGAGACUGCUCUUUCACUCGGGGUUGAUUCACCCCAGUCCCCUGAUCUUGGGUCUCCUUCAAAGCGAAGAGAACGUCCAAUGGUCUUGAGAAGGCAUUCUUUUUCUGUUGACCUUUUGUCUCGACUUUACCCUCAACAUACGCCCAUUUUCAGCCAGUUUCUUAGGAGGAACCGAUUAUCUGAAUCAACGUCGUCUCUCUCUAGGGCUAGCUUUCCUAGAAAAUGGGUGUCUGAUGAAUGUCUACCAGGCAAAACUAGAGGCCGCUCUAAUACUAUGCCCUCAAGAUGUAGUCAAGGGACUUCAAGUAGGACAGGCUCCUCUGAGAACAUCAAAAUGUCAGUGAAGGAAAACUUACCAUCUGAAGGAAUGACUGACAGAAAAGCUCUUUCAUCUCCACUUCAAUCAUCCAUCUGGAAUCAUAACAUAUCUGUAAAAACUACAGUGGAUUCAGAUACUAGAGAUAGUAAGAAUGUGCUUCCGAUAAUAAAGCAAUCAAGUAAACAAAAAAACUCCCCUAAGGGAGGAAAGAGUUCACCCCAUGAAGGAAACAAGGGCUUGGAGUCAAUCCGCAAAGCUCUAUCUCGAUCAGUUGGCUUCGGAAUAAAGAUGGCUUUGUCACGGGUUUUCCGCAAACCUCCUUUAGGGUCACGAGGUGGCAGAAGUGCUAAGUCUACGAGCAGAGUAAAAACUCAGUUUGCUGUGGAUGGAAAGAAAGACAAAAAUGUAGGAGACAUGGUGACAAAGCAGCCACAUUCUCCUAUUAAAUCAACAGUGUCUUGUAAUGGUUUAGACCAGCUCAUUUCAUCAAAAGAGAAGAAGCAGGGACGCUGGCAUAGUGCAGAGACCCUUACUAAAAAGACCAGAAGAUGGGUCAAGAUACGACAGGAUCUGACUGACUGGGUAGAAAAUACUGGUAAUGAAGUUCCUGAUGACUCUUCAGACUGUGACAGUCUUUUCUCAGUGGACUCCCUUUCAUCAGCUUAUGCCAUUGCCUUGGCAGAGCAGCUUCAGCAAGAGGACUCUGAGGCAGAGAGUGAGGACAGUCAAAUGUCCAAGGACUCACUUGUCAAGGAAAGUAGUGGGAGCACUGAUCCAAAGCCAGCACUGAAGCUCAGCCACUCUAUUUGUCAUACUUUCCUUUCAUUACCUAAUCCACAAUCAACAACAGGUAGAGAGAGAACAGAAUCCAAAGAAAUGCCUGAGGAGCUUUUCAGGAGUCAAAAGGUAACAAGACAAGUACUAAAUGAAUCUUCACACUUAUUACAUAUAACAUCUGAUUCCUGGUACCCCAGUGAUGUCAGUGUCAGAGAAACAGAAGCUUUCCUCACACUUACAGAUGCAUGGUCAUCCACCGAUGCAGCAGAUAGUCCUAGGAUCCUUGGGGCCUCAGAGACCUCGUUGAAACGAUGCAUACUCUCAGAGACGAUUAGCAGCCAAAGCCAGGCUAGUCUAGAUCUGUCUGGUGUAACAACUGGCUCCAAAUGCCAAAUUUCACCCUGUUUUGAUUCUACCCAGGGUAAAGAUGCGACAAUUAAGGAAAGAAGUCACAUAUCCUCUGAAGGGGAAACGGUUUUGGACUAUUUUUUGAGUGAUCGUUCCUCUACCUCCUGUUCUACACCUGAAUGCACAUUAUUGCAAGAAAGUAAUGGGCAGUUGAGUAACGUAGAGACACUGAGCAUUUCUGGAAAGGCUUCCAUCACACAGGACACAAUGAACAAUGACACAUUAUGUGCAAGUAAACCACCACCGCCAUCAGAAUUAGCACCAUUAAAUGAUGCAGUGAAUGACGUUGAUAUGUUGGCAGUCAGUGCACCUUUCCAAGACAGUGCUGUUCUGAAUGGAUGCUUCCCAGUUAAAUCCCCUAAUAAGGACUUAAAAAGCAAUUCUACAAAACAAACAGAACUUAUCCUAAUAAGUUAUAAGAGUGAUCUCACCAAAAGCUUUGUAGCACAAAAUAACUUAGAAUCAAAAACACAUUCUGAAUACAGAUGCAUUGCAGAAACACCCUCAGAAUGUGAUAGACAAACACAUCUAGAACUCCAGCAUUCUCAUAGUUCAUGUCAAUCAGAAGAAACUUUGAAAAGCAGUAAUAAGCAAAAUUCAAUAUGUUCCAGUAACUUCCAGUUCCAGUUCCAGGAACUCCAUCAAUCAGCAUUACAUAGUUUGAAAAUUGAAAAUGAUUUUCAGUGUGAGCCACAAAGCAUACUGCUUAACCAUGAUGAAAGGAAGGUGAGUGAUGAAAAGUCGUUGGUGCAGCAUCAGAUUCAGUGCACAGAGAAAUAUUCAGAGAGCUAUCCUGCAAAAAAUAUGAAAGAUGACUCUUUUGAAAUGAACAUGUCAGACAAGUCAGUCAGUGCCAACAAAGUGUCUGAUUCUUGUGAUGCUGUGAUGCUAGAGCAUGAAUCCUCUAACCUACACUCAAGAAAAAGAAGCAAAGAUUCUCAAGAUGAUUUAACAGGUCAUUUGAAAACCCCAAAGAGAAGCUGUGUUGAGUCCCUUGUUCCAGAUGAUUCUGCUGUAAAUGAUGUACCAUUCAAGUUUAAUGACAGUUCUAACCUCACCAGAGAAAACUCAACAGGCAAACUGUUACAAGUAGAAAAGGAGAUAAUGGACAGUUUGUCUCAAACGUUUCAGCAAGAUUCUAUAACUGCAUCUAUGGACACUUAUAUCAACAUUUACCAAAACAACAACAAUAAUCCUGCUGCCAGCUUUACAUCUGAAGACAGACCUGUAUCUACUGGGAUAGAAGUGUCCACUGGGUGUCCAAUGGGUAUACACAAUGUAAAAUUUCCUUAUGUUAAGCUUCUGGACAAUGGACUGUUCCAUAGCGAUGCAUUGCAAAGGAUUGGCCUUGUAAUAAAUGACAAGAUAUCAGAAGUGGUGAAAGAACAUCUGAAGAUGUCACUGCAAGUGCAUGGUGGUGAAGAUAUUGAUGAAGAACCAGAGACAAACAGUGAAACCAAUAUUGGUGCUGUUAAGGAGAGUCAGAACAAGAAUGAAAUGACAGCUGAGGGUUCACACGGCAGUUCUCAGACAUCUCCAUGUGUGACUGAAUAUUCUGUUGAUGACAGAGUGGAUGUGGAUAACAUAGACGACUGUGUGAGAGACAAAUAUUUAGUAAAAAAUCCUUCUGAGAAAGAAAUCGUAUUAGACCAGCAAGGAGUUGGAUUCCUUUGCAAGUGUCCAUCUUUGUUGGUAAAGAACGUCAGUACAGAAAUAGAAAAUUCAGAAAAUUAUACUACAUGUGGACCUGUGCCACAAGAUUUGAAAAUAAGCUUACCAGAAGCAAACACAGUCCUAUUUGAGGGACCAACUGAUAAUCAUCCAGAAUCAUUAAUUAGCAGCCAUUCAAAUGAUUUAAUCGAUGAAGUGAUCAGCGAAAGUAACACGACUAUUCCACUGACCUUGAUAUCUACGUGUAAACAAAACCCUGAAGUAAUUUCAUCUUCUGAAUAUGUCACUGUCUCUGAGGAACAUGACCAGAACAUUGUGAUGAAAACAGAGACUAUACCAAUCAAUAAAUCUGCUACAGGACCAACUGUAAGGGCUGAAGACAACAGAUUUAAUCUUCCAUCACAAACACAACGCAAGCCAGGUAUCUAUCCUGAAGUAAACAGCAUUUCAGGAGUCUCAAAAGAUAGUUGUGAUGCUAGAGUCUCCACUUGUUGCUCAGAUGCAGUGGUGGACAAUGUUGCCUUAGACAUGCUUAAAGAGACAGUGAAGACUGAGGAAGCAAGUAAAGUAUAUGUGGCAGCUAAAUUUCAGCAGGUGGUGGAGGUAAACACUGUUGCAGAUCUUGACACUGAGGCCACAAUUCAAAUUCAGAUGAAGAAUGAAGACUCGUUUUAUUCAGAUGGAGCUGAAAAUGUUGAUGGCAUUGAUUCUAGACCGCUUAGAAAACCAGCCAACCAAGAAUGUGCUGGAGCAAAACAGGAUUUUAGCACACAAGAACAGCUUCAUGUUGGACAGAACACAAAUAGUUUAAAUGAAGCAAAAGAUAAAAUCAUGGACCUCAAAAACCAUAAUUGCUUGGGGAAUCUACAUAAAGAGACCACAGUUUCUAAAUGUUUCAAAGCUCUGGUGCUUAGUACUUCAGAGCUACAGAGAGACAAUCAAACACAAAUCAUCCAGAGUGCCAUUAUGAGUGAAAAGCCAUCUAACUGUUUUCAAGAAGAAGACCAAUCACUGUGUAAAGAGAACCAAAUGCGGCACAGAAGCAAAAUUCAGGAACAGUGUGUGAAUAUUCAAAAAGAAAGGAAAGAUUCAGACCAACUGCAAUGUCAUGACUUACAUAUCAUUUCUAAGUCUGUACAAAGACCAGAGCAGAGAGACAUGACAGAGGUGGAUAAACCGGAGCUUACAUUUUCAGCAUCAAGGUCAUUAAAUGCAAAGGAACAUCAUCAAGUUAAUAUUGAAUCUACUGAUAAAACUAAUGGAGGGAAACAACAUGCAACAAUAAAUGGUUCAAGACUUGUAUUUUCUAGGACUAAUGAAGAGCGACAGAAAGUAAAGCCGAAGAGAUACAGGAAAGCUCAUUUUACAGCCCCUCUAAGUUCAUCGACUGACUCAACACCUGAUUCAUCCUUAGAUGAGAUAAUUAAAUGCAGAGUACAUAAAUGUGGUAUUGCCACUCCAGUCAUACCUGGCACACCUGCUCUUGUAAGAACAAAGACAGAAAAUAGAAAUAGCUCAUCUGAUGACUUAAGUACAUCUCUGUCUUUACAAAUGAAUACAGGAUCACUAGAAUCAAAUUCCAGUCAUAAUCAGUCUUAUGGGCCUGGCUCAAAUAAUCCAUACACUUACAUCAGAGAUGUUACCACUGUUGAAGCAGAGGAAGUGAGGCAGAAAAAAUAUCAUCUUACUCCAAAGCUAUUUAAAAGGUUAAGUCAAUCAAAGGAUGAUGAAACAGUUCAUUUAACCAGAAGUAAUUCUGCUCAACACAUAACACAUGAAAAUAACCACGAAAAAGCAAAUUCAUUGGAGAAUGAUUCAAUCCAAAAUAGAGAACCUAUUCUUCAUUUUGGUUCAAGUGACAUCAACCCCUUUGUUCAUACCAGAAAAAAGGAUCAGUUACUUAAAGCUGCAUCCAAAAAUCAGGCAUUUGGAAGUGCAGUCAAUAUAUCCAGCCAACAUACCUCACUUGAAAGUUCUAGCAAUGGUAUAGCAAGAUGCUGCAGUAUGGACAAUGGGUUAAAUGUCCAGAAUUCUCCUUUCAGUUCUCAUCUAAGCACUUAUGCAGUCCAAAAGGGGCUUUCUAGCACACUAAGUAGUGCUGAAGGUUCCAAAGAACAAAUUUCUACAGAAUCCAAGCUGAGGGAAGCCUUUCAUACCCCAGUUGUUUGUAACAAGAAGAUCUUAACAGCUUCAGGCAGUGACUCUUGCAAUGAUACCUUAGACUUAGCCAGUAGCUCAGGCCAGGUAGAUGAAAUAGUGCUGGUCUACUCUUCUGAACAUGAAAGUCAGGACAGUAAGCAAGAUUCAAGAAAAUGUGACCAUGGAACCCAGACAGUUAAGUUUUAUGAGGAAUUGGAGAAGAAAUGCAGACACAAGAGGAGCAGUACCCAAGUCCCUGUGUCUAGACAGGCACAAGGAACAUCAACCACAUGGACAAGUCUACAGAAUAUGUCUGAACAUCUUUCUGAGUUGAUUGUCAGCACGUCUGAUCUUCUGGGAAACAUUCAGUGUAUGAGAACAGGGGAAAGUUCUGUGAAAAAAGGGUCUCCAUUAAAACCUUGUAGUAAAGUUUCAAAGAUACGAUCUGACAAAUAUGGCAAGAGUGAUGGCUCCACCCAAACUGCCACAGAUGUUGGGAUUCAGACUGAGGACAGUGCACUACUAAUGAAACAGGACAAAGUUCUCCAGAGUACCUCACCCAUACAAAACCCCAAAUCUCAUGAGGUCAAUGUGAUCGUCAAAGUUAUCGGCUCUGAAGUUUGCAAUGUACCAAAGCCAGAAUGUGUCAUCAAAUCUAUUAGAGAUCAAGAUGAAAGCAGGCAGACCUUUGAAACUAUUAAAAGUAUGCCUGACUUGCGACCUUCAGGCACACAUCCAUCUGAGCAGUUUGGUGGAAAGUUGGACACUGUAAAAAUUCUCUCCUUAGAAACUGUCACACCAAAUCAGCACCGUUACAAUCCUGUCACCGUAGAUCCUAAAGCUUCCAAAACUUUUGCAGUUUCUGCUCAGAAAAAAUGCAGUUCUCAAAUGUUAGCACAGUACAAUCAAACACAUCAGCAAAUGAAGCCAAAGAAUUACCCUGAUAAAAAGGUGCUGCUUAUAGACCGUGCCUCUUCACCUAUUCUCACUGUGGAUGUGUCACGAUUACAAAAAAGGAAAAUCAAAUCUGGUACAAUCCACACCCCCACUGAGAUGCUCUCAAAAACUACCAGAAAUCCACCUGAAAACAAACCAGUGUCCACCAAUAAACCUGCGACACAGUAUCAAAGAGAUUAUUUUUACACAUAUCAAACUGAAAACAAAUCAGUGUCUUCCAUGUCUCUUGAGAACCUAAGUAACCACAGUUGUGUAAAUGCAGAUGAAUACUCCACAGACGCCUCAUCCAGCAGGUAUUCACAAAUUGGAAGAAAGAAACCCUCUCAUGGAGUGCAAAGCAAAGUAACAAGCCAAGCCAUUUUGUCCAGUCCCCUAUCCCACAGUCACUCUUCCUCUGUUAAACACAGGCAACCUGUAGACUUGAGCCAAAACACAUUACCAUCUUCAACACCUAUUAAUCAUAGCCACAGAAGCAGCAUACAGGAAUAUAAACACAGAGUCUAUAAAGAAAUGAGCUGCUGGAGUGAUCUGAGCAAAGACAUUUUCCAAUACCAAGAGGAAGACAGCGUGUCUUUGGCUCCGAGUGACUGCAAUACAGACGUCCUGGUCAGCGUCAACCCACUAGCUGAAACCAGCCCACCCCAAGAGGACUAUCGGAUUCCUGAAAACCUGCCAAUGCACAACAAGUUCACCAACUGGUCAGGCAUCAGUCAGCAGCCACCAGCCAGGCUCGCUAAUCAAAACAAUCCAGCUGAGAAGAAAUCCCCAGAUAUUAACACACAUAAUCUCCAGCUACAUUCAGCAGAGUCAGAGAGCCUCAGGUAUAGAUACAAAACAGGUCUCUCGGAAUCGGCAGAUAGACGGGCCAGAGAAAUCGAGAGACUACGGAAGGAACGGGAGCAGGUUCUCGCUUCGAUGCAAUUAGAUUUGAGUCCUCAUCCACUCAGUGUAGAGCUCACAGAGGCCAAGUUGCACUAUGGCUUGGGGAAGACAGACACUUUGCUGAAGAUACUGAAGUCCAGUUCCAGGAUAGAGUCUACCAUCUCUACUAAACAGCAGCUGUAUGACAGGCACAGAAGGAGUAUAGAUGGUUUAAGGAAGGAGAGAGAAGAUCGUCUUCAGAUGUCCCGCCGAGCUCGAAGUCUCAGCCCCAGCAAGCAUCCAAACUCAGCAACUAACAUGACAGAACAGUCACAAAGAGCUGCGGCUCUACCCAGCCGGCAACGGGAAUAUCUGCAGCAGCUCCGCAAGGAAGUAGUGGAGAUGAGCAGGGUUCCCGAUCCACCAAGAAGAGAGGGUCAGUAUCCUACUGAUAUUGAACUCCUUCUACGUGACUACAGUCGUGCACGUGAGGAAGCGAAGACAGAGAUUGCCAGAGCACGAGUGCGGCUGCGUGAGAGGACGGAGCAGGAGAAACGGAGAUUAGAGCAGCAAGCUCUGUCACAGUCUGUAAAGGAUCAUCUGAGGCUAUGUACACGUGUCAGUAACAGUACCUUGUGCACUGGUUCCAACCUGAGUCUCUCUUCAGGACCUACUUCUGGCUACAACAGCAGUAAUACAGCUCUACUGAAGGAUGGUACAUCACCAUCUGUACAGGUCACUGGAGUCUCAGAUAGGGAGUUAAGAGUCAGGUUACGGCCUCCCAUGAUCCCUUUACAAAGUGUACAGGCUCCUCGUGCGUGGCUAUCAGCUCAGGAUAUUCGUCUGGAGAGCUCCUCCUCUGGAUAUGAACUUCACUCCUCCUCCUCUCCAUCAACUCCUUCUGGACGACAGCGCACCUGUUCCUUUAGCUCUCCCUCAUCUAUUUCUAUUCCAUACCAGGACAUUGCAGACUGUACACUCACAAGUGCAAUAUCAGAGGUUCAUUUAGCCUCUGGAGGAGAUGUAAGGAAUCUGCUGGCAGGGAAUGCAGAAGCUGGAUGGAGACACCAGGGUUUGGAGAACGGAGUUCAGACCUUCUAUCGGCCCUCCUCCAGACCCUCUUCUUAUGGGUUUUUGGGUGCCAUGGAGCUGGAGAGACCCUUGGCUAGUCUGUGGAGUUUAAUCCGAGAUCACUCCAAGACUCAUCUCUAUAACAAAUCUCUAAAGUCCACAUGGACACGAUCGCUAGAUGACACUAUACAACUAGUCUACCUGCUGACUGAUCCAUCCAACUGUCACAUGAAGCAAUCGCGGGAUUUCUGUUGCCUGAGUGCUGAGUCCAAACAGGAUGACAUGUGGGUGUUGGCCAUGCAGUCUGUCUUUGAAGAGUCUCUCCCUCGCCCAAGUGCCGACACUGUACGUGGAGAGAUGUUCCCUAGUGCGUGGAUUCUUCAGCGCAGCCAGCGGCAGGGUCAAGAGAUUGUCACAGUUAUCUAUCUACUACAGGUUGAUUUGGGAACUCCAACCCUGCCUCAAAGACUGGUGAAUGAAGUGGCCAGGAAGCAAGCAGCUGUAAUCGCAGACCUUGACUCCUUUCUGUCCUUGUGACAGGCCCGGUUACUAAUAAGCACUUAUUUAACACUUAUUUGCUUCUAACAUUUGCACCUCAUUCCUUUUUCCUGUUCUAUUUUGGUUCUCCUUUGAGCACUGAUAGUUAGUUUAUUUAUAGAACGACACAGUUUGUGAAUUUAAUAUUGAUUCUUUUCUACAUUGUGCAUUUUUCUUCCUAUAUGGUGCUUUUUGCCAAAGAGUGUACAAUGAAUUGAUAUAGGAAUAUUUAAGAUUCAUCCCAAUCACUUAUAAGCUAAAAGUACUUGACAUUAAAUUGCUAUAUCGCUACAUAGGAUAAUGCAAAUCAAUUCAGUAUUUUUAAGGUGUGUAGCAAAGCUAAUUUUUGUGAAUGCCCAAAUCUAAGCUGAUAUAUUUGAAACUUGAAUUUGCAAAGACAUCUUGAUUGAGCAUGUCAGAAUGUAUAAUAUGCAACACACUGCUCCUGCAUGGACAUGCACAAUAUAUAUCUACACUUCUACUAAUAGGUAGAGCACACAGUUACAUUUCUGCACUACACUAGACUAAAAUCAUAUAAUGCUGAGCAGAAGUCAUGUUUUUGCCACUUUUACUGACUAUUGCCACUUGGUGGCAUUUGCAGUAUUUUUUAUUUUUGCAAAGAAAUAUGCAAUUUUUUUUGUCGUAAGCUUUCUUAAAUGAUUUUCUAGCAUGAACAAACUUCAUCAUCACAUUUGCUGUUAUAGCAAACACAACUGUUUAAUACUAUUAUAGAUCUACUCACAGUAACCCUUGAUUCAGAGGUUUGCACCAAUAGGACUGUUUAUGAAUUGAGUCAUGCAAGUGGCCACUACAGUGAAGUGUCACUGAAUUAAAAUCAUCCUUUAGCCUGGAGGAAAUCAAAUCUAUAUCUAUAUAUAUAUAUAUAUAUAUAUAUAUAUAUAUAUAUAUAUUUUUUUUUUUCUAACUGUGUAUGAUGUAAAAAAAAAAAAAAAAAAAUACCGUAUCUGACUGGUCUAUUGUGGCAUGGACAUACUGGGCAUGUUAUUUCACUCUAAUUGUACAGUAUGAGUAGCAUAAAAUACACCCAUCACCACUCACCACACACUCACCCCUGUCUUUAUUCAAAUCAUUAAAAUAUAAAGGUCUUGAAAAGGACACUGAGUGGUACUGACACCUGGAGACUAUAGCUGUGAGAGUAACACUGAGAGAAAUGACACAUAUACACUUUUAUGGUCAAAGUUACUUUAAUUAUUGAUAAUGUAUUGUAUUGAGAUCAGAAUUUUUCUAAAGCACUGUAGAUUUAUAUGGAAUUUCUUUUUAAAAAACCCCAGGUGAAGGACAAAGAGAGAAAUAGCAGAUAUAUGAAGGAAGUUCUCUUUAACAUUUUUAUUGUAUAUACCAGAUAACCUGACAGAACAAAUAUUUCCAUAUGCAAUCACUCCUAUUUAAAUGUAAAACUAUUUUGUUAACUAAUUUUUUUAUUGCAUAUUUAUGUUUUUAUACUUUUGCUAAAUAUAAAGGUUCAUUUUCCAAA